CUUUUUCACGCAACAUGGGGUCGCAAUAUGCCGGUGGUUGUCAAAAACCUCGUUAAUAUUCAGGGCUCCUGGCAUCCGGAUAUCUUCAUUGAAGAAUGCGGCAGCGAUCAAGUUACGCCUAUCGAUUGUAUCACUGACUCUGAGAUAGAGCAUCCUUGCACAAUCGCAGAUUACUUUCACGCUUUCAAGGAAGGCCAGUUCGAGAGCCCACGAAAACUCAAGGAUUGGCCUCCAGCGGAGUAUUUCCGUACGAAGCUCCCUCAGUUCCACGAGAGCUUCGUGGGUGCGGUUCCUAGAGGUGCCUGGGAUGUGGCUUUGCCAUCAGGAGUACAAAAUCUUGCAGCGUUUUAUCCUUUGAAUGGCAACACGCCAGACCUAGGUCCGAAACUCUACAUUGCAACUGGUGAUCCCGGCAACUCUCACGGAACCACGAAGUUGCAUUUAGAUGUGACCGACGCAGUCAACAUCCUCACGUAUGUCACCCCCGAUCCCGCCAGACCUGCGGCAAUUUGGCAUCUCUUCCCUCCCGAGUCUCUUCCUCAUCUUCGCCAGUACCUGCCAACGACCUGCCAAUGGUUAGAAGAAGACGGAGACCCCAUUCAUUCUCAGCAGAUUUACGUCACUGAGGAUAUGUGCAAGGUCCUGGAAUCUCAGUACAACGUUCAUGUGGUCCGGAUCGAGCAGCGUCUCUCCGACGCAGUUUUCAUCCCAGCUGGAUGGGCUCACCAGGUUCUUAACGUCCAGAAUGCGAUCAAGAUCGCUUGCGACUUUGUGUCUGUGCAAAACCUCAGUGUAACCGCAAGCCUCAGGUCUAAACAACGCGAGCAUCGCAUCAAGAGUGGUGGACAUGGUGAAGACGUCUUGCAGCUCAAUACACUUAUGUGGCACGUGUGGCAGUCGCUGGCAGCUUACCCUCCGCCAUUGUUGUCAACCACAGAAGUUAGAGAAGAUGGGAAUCAGGUGAGCAAAGGGUCAUAG